CGCCUAUGUGUGUAUAUAUAUUGUGUUCUCUCAAACCCUAAAGCUUCAACGAGCGAAUCAGACGAGAAUUUGAUCGGCGGCCUUUUAAUCGAGUUGAAAAAGGAAGAUGGGGCACUCUAACAUCUGGAAUUCCCACCCUAAAAACUACGGUCCUGGAUCCCGCACAUGUCGCGUGUGCGGGAAUCCCCAUGGAAUUAUUAGAAAGUAUGGCCUGAUGUGCUGCAGGCAGUGCUUCCGCAGCAACGCCAAAGAAAUUGGAUUCAUUAAGUAUCGUUGAGAACGGAUGCGGGCACUACAAAGGCUUUGCUUUUCCCUAUAUGGGAUUGGUAAAGUAUGAUAUCUGGCAUUUUUGUUUUGUUGGAGUUUUUACAUAGGAGAUAAAUUGCAAAGACAGUUUAUGUUCAAGCUUAUGACUCACUCUUAUUUGAUAUUUGAAUAAAAAAGUUUUACUCUUC